GUAAUCUUUCGGCUGCUCUGCGCCUCAACGUUUAGUCGACGCGUAGCACUCAACACGAACAAACCGUUUGGCAGCGUAUCUCUCAGAUACGACGUGACGAUUAUAUUUUGUAAAGCCACAAAAUGCAUAGAGCACACACGGCCUUUAGUCUGGCGUUAUCGCCCAUGGCGCAUAAAAACUUUGCCACAUGGCUGCUCAACAGCAGCAGCAGUCAGAAGCUGAUCAAGGCCAGCGCAGCAUCUGCUGUGCGCACCUACAAUUCAGCGGCUGCGGAACCUUUUGCCAAUGGCAGCACCGCAUCCUACGUGGAGGAGAUGUACAACGCCUGGCUGCGUGAUCCCAGCUCUGUGCACACUUCCUGGGAUGCCUACUUCCGUAGCAACUCGUAUGUGAGCCCGCCCAAUUUGGCGCCCGUGCAGGCAAACACGUUGCCAUUGACGGCCUUUAAUUUCGGUGGCGCUGUCAGCGCUGCGCCCGACUCCAAGACCAUCGAUGACCAUUUGGCCGUGCAGGCCAUCAUUAGAAGCUAUCAGUCACGUGGUCAUUUGGCAUCUGAUCUGGAUCCGCUUGGAAUUUUAACACGCGAAAAAACCGUUUGCAAGGAUGGUCUUGCACGUCGUGCUAAUGAGGAUGUGCUCAGGCAGCACUCUGGGUUUUUGUUUGGUGAACAGGACAUGGAACGUCAGUUCAAGUUGCCCAGCACCACCUUCAUUGGUGGCGAUGAGGCCUCUUUGCCACUCAAGGAAAUUCUGAAUCGUCUGGAGAAUGUUUAUUGCAAUAAAAUUGGCGUUGAAUUCAUGUUCAUCAACUCCUUGGAGCAGUGCAACUGGAUUCGCAAGCGCUUUGAGACGCCGGGCGUCCUCAGCUUCUCGCCAGAGGAGAAGCGUUUGAUUUUGGCCCGUUUGACGCGUGCCACCGGCUUUGAAGCCUUUUUGGCCAAGAAGUACUCCUCGGAGAAGCGUUUUGGUUUGGAGGGCUGUGAGAUCAUGAUUCCAGCCUUGAAGGAAAUCAUUGAUGUGUCCACUGAGCUGGGCGUCGAGUCUGUCAUUAUGGGUAUGCCGCAUCGUGGACGUCUGAAUACAUUGGCGAACGUCUGCCGCAAGCCCCUCAAUCAAAUCUUUACUCAGUUCGCUGGACUUGAAGCUGCUGAUGAUGGCUCUGGUGAUGUGAAGUACCAUUUGGGCACAUAUAUUGAGCGUUUGAAUCGUGUUACAAACAAAAACAUCCGCCUGGCUGUUGUGGCCAAUCCUUCCCAUUUGGAGGCCGUCGAUCCUGUUGUGCAGGGCAAGACUCGUGCCGAGCAAUUCUAUCGCGGUGACCAGGAGGGCAAGAAGGUGAUGUCCAUUCUCAUUCACGGUGACGCUGCCUUCUGCGGCCAAGGCGUUGUCUAUGAGACGAUGCACUUGUCGGAUCUGCCCGACUACACGACGCACGGUACUAUCCACGUGGUGGCCAACAACCAAAUUGGCUUCACCACAGAUCCACGUUUCUCACGCUCCUCGCCCUACUGCACGGAUGUUGCGCGUGUCGUCAAUGCACCCAUUUUCCACGUCAAUGCUGACGAUCCUGAGGCCGUGAUGCAUGUGUGCAAGGUGGCUGCCGAAUGGCGUGCCACUUUCCACAAGGAUUGUGUUAUUGAUUUGGUUGGCUAUCGUCGCAACGGCCAUAACGAGAUCGAUGAGCCGAUGUUCACCCAGCCCCUUAUGUACCAGAAGAUCCGCAAGCACAAGAAUUGCUUGGAUCUGUAUGCUGAUAAGCUGAUUGCUGAGGGCACCGUUACCGCUGAGGAGGUCAAGUCUGUGGCCGCCAAGUACGAGAACAUUUGCGAGGAAGCCUUUGCGCUGGCCAAGACCGAGACACACGUCAAGUACAAGGAUUGGUUGGACUCACCAUGGUCUGGCUUCUUCGAAGGCAAGGACCCACUGAAGGUGGCGCCUACUGGUGUCAAGGAGGAAACUCUGAUUCAUAUUGGCAAUCGUUUCUCUUCGCCACCACCCAAUGCUGCUGAAUUCGUUAUUCACAAGGGUCUUAUGCGUGUUUUGGCUGCUCGCAAAGCCAUGGUUGAUGAGAAGGUCGCCGAUUGGGCCUUGGGUGAGGCCAUGGCCUUUGGCUCGCUGCUGAAGGAAGGCAUCCAUGUGCGUCUCUCCGGCCAGGAUGUCGAGCGUGGCACCUUCUCGCAUCGUCACCAUGUGCUGCACCAUCAGCUGGUGGACAAAGCCACCUACAAUUCGCUGCAACACAUGUAUCCGGAUCAGGCGCCCUACUCUGUAUCGAACAGUUCGCUGUCUGAGUACGCUGUCCUGGGCUUCGAGCACGGUUACUCUAUGACCAAUCCCAAUGCUCUGGUGUUGUGGGAGGCUCAGUUCGGUGAUUUCUGCAAUACGGCACAGGCCAUCAUCGAUCAGUUCAUCUCCAGUGGCCAGUCGAAAUGGGUGCGCCAAUCGGGCUUGGUUAUGCUGUUGCCCCACGGCAUGGAGGGAAUGGGCCCCGAGCACUCGUCGUGCCGCGUCGAGCGUUUCUUGCAGAUGAGCUCCGACGAUCCCGAUUACUUCCCACCCGAGUCCGAUGAGUUUGCCAUCAGACAAUUGCACGACAUCAACUGGAUUGUGGCCAACUGCACGACGCCUGCGAAUUUGUUCCACAUCUUGCGUCGUCAAAUCGCUUUGCCCUUCCGCAAGCCUCUAAUUCUGUGCACGCCCAAGUCGCUGCUGCGUCACCCGGAGGCAAAGAGUCCCUUCAGCGAUAUGAGCGAGGGCAGCGAGUUCCAGCGCAUCAUACCCGAUCGCGGACCCGCCGGUGACAACGCCAGCAACGUUAAGAAGGUCGUCUUCUGCACAGGUCGUGUCUACUACGACCUGACUAAGACGCGUGCCGAGAAGCAGCUGGAAAAGGACAUCGCCAUCGUGCGUGUGGAGCAGGUGUCACCCUUCCCCUUCGACCUGAUCAAGGAGCAGGCCAAUCUUUAUAAGAACGCAGAGCUUGUCUGGGCCCAGGAGGAACACAAGAAUCAGGGCUGCUGGACAUAUGUACAGCCCCGUUUCCUCACCGCCCUCAACCACAGCCGUGAUAUCAGCCAAAGCGAUGAACAAUCCGCCUUCUCCAAUACAACUAAUACUAAUCAAGAAUCCGAUACCGAUUCCGAUUCUAACUCCGACAAAAAAUCGAAACCCUGGCUAAGUCGCAUGUUUGCCAGCGAUAAAACUGAUACCGUUACAACGGGAUCGGGCACCGUUACGGGCGAGUUUAAUGCCGCCAAGCAUUUCGAUUUAAAGAACGUACGACACGAUUUCAAUAGGCCCGCAGGCAUUGCGGCCGCCCCCGGCGUGCGCAUAGCAAAAACCGGACGUAAAAUUAGCUAUGCUGGGCGUGCCUGUGGCGCUUCAACUGCAACUGGAUCGAAGGCCCAGCAUAUUCGGGAGUUGAACGCCCUGCUCAAUGAUGCGAUUUCGACUUAAGAGGAACAUGCAAAGAACUUUUGGAAUGUGGAUCAAUCUGGAUGAUUAACUAGAGAUGAAGUGAAAUUGAAUAUUAAUUAUGAUUAUAUAUUUUGUAAUAGAAACGUCUUUGAUACGAUUUUUUCUGACGAUGAAAUUGUUAAGUGCAUAUUGUGUGAAAGUAAUGAAAUUUUAAAUAUUAGUUUAGUCAAAUUGAUGAAAGUGAGCAAAAAACAAACAAACAACAACUAGAACACAAAAUGUUUACAAGCUUAGCAAUUAAAACAAAAACCAACGGAAAAUCCACACACCAAACAAAAACUAAAACAGAACAAUCUUUAAAGUGAAGAAUUCAAAUUCUAAUAGUUAAAAUACAUAGUCACACACAAAAUCACACAUCA